CGGAGGUCACGUGACAUAACGGUGAGGGGUGCUCAGGCAGCGUUUGCCCUGAGCCGACCGGUGAGCUUACCAUCAUGGCCAACGACUGCAAGCCUGAUGGGAACACCGUGCAGGUGCUGCGGGACGUGGCCAACCGCCUGCGAAUCCAUUCCAUCAGGGCCACAUGUGCCUCCGGCUCCGGCCACCCCACUUCAUGUUGCAGUGCAGCCGAGAUCAUGUCCGUGCUCUUCUUCCACACCAUGAGGUAUAAACAGACAGACCCAGGACAUCCCGACAACGACCGAUUCAUCCUCUCGAAGGGCCAUGCUGCUCCAAUCCUCUAUGCCGCUUGGGCAGAGGUGGGCAACAUCAGCGAAUCUGACUUGCUGAACUUGAGGAAAAUUCACAGUGACUUGGAGGGACAUCCCACCCCAAGAGUGCUGUUUGUUGAUGUGGCAACAGGAUCACUUGGGCAAGGAUUAGGUGCCGCGUGUGGAAUGGCUUAUACUGGCAAGUACUUCGACAAGGCCAGCUACCGGGUGUUCUGCCUCAUAGGGGAUGGCGAAUCUUCAGAAGGCUCUGUCUGGGAGGCUUUGGCCUUUGCUUCUCACUACAAUUUAGACAAUCUCGUGGCAGUCUUCGACGUGAACCGCUUAGGACAAAGUGGAGCCACGCCUCUUGAGCACUGCACAGACAUCUAUCAGAAUCGCUGUGAAGUCUUUGGGUGGAAUACUUACCUAGUGGAUGGCCAUGAUGUGGAGGCAUUAUGCCAAGCAUUUUGGCAAGCGGCUCAAGUGAAGAACAAGCCCACUGCCAUAGUUGCAAAGACCUUCAAGGGCCGGGGUAUUCCAGAUAUUGAGGAUGCAGAAAAUUGGCAUGGAAAGCCGAUGCCAAAAGAAAGAGUAGAUGCAAUCAUCAAAUUAAUUGAGGGUCAGAUACAGACCAACAGGAAUCUCAUAGCAAAACCUCCCAUUGAAGACUCACCUCAAAUCAGCAUCAGCAAUAUAAAAAUGACCUGUCUGCCUGAAUAUAUAGUUGGUGACACGAUAGCUACUAGGAAAGCAUGUGGUUUGGCUUUGGCAAAACUGGGCCAUGCAAAUGAAAGAGUUAUUGUCCUGGAUGGUGACACAAAAAACGCCACCUUUUCUGAGAUAUUCAAUAAAGAGCACCCUGAGCAUUUUAUUGAGUGUUUUAUUGCUGAGCAAAACAUGGUGAGUGUGGCACUAGGUUGUGCCACACGUGGUCGAACCAUUGCUUUUGUUAGUACCUUUGCUGCCUUUUUGGCCAGAGCAUUCGAUCAGAUAAGGAUGGGAGCCAUAUCUCAAACCAAUAUCAAUCUUAUUGGUUCCCACUGUGGGGUAUCCAUUGGUGACGAUGGACCCUCCCAGGUGGCCCUGGAGGAUCUAGCCAUGUUCCGAAGUAUUCCCAACUGUACCGUUUUCUAUCCAAGUGAUGCCGUCUCAACAGAGUAUGCUGUUUAUCUGGCUGCCAAUACCAAAGGAAUGUGCUUCAUUCGGACCAGCCAACCAGAAACUGCAGUUAUUUAUACCCCACAAGAAAAUUUUGAGAUUGGGCAGGCCAAGGUCAUCCGCCAGAGUGUCAAUGACAAAGUCACAGUUAUUGGAGCUGGAGUUACUCUGCAUGAAGCCUUAGCAGCUGCUGACAGUCUUUCUCAACAAGGUAUUUCUAUCCGUGUCAUUGACCCAUUUACCAUUAAACCCUUGGAUGCUGCCAACAUCAUCUCCAAUGCAAGAGCUACAGGUGGCCGGGUUAUCACAGUGGAGGAUCACUACCGGGAAGGUGGCAUUGGAGAAGCUGUAUGUGCAGCUGUCUCUAGAGAGCCUGACAUCCUUGUUCAUCAGCUAGCAGUGUCAGAAGUGCCUCAAAGUGGAAAACCUGGUGAAUUGCUGGAUAAGUUUGGUAUCAGUGCCAGACACAUCAUAGCGGCUGUGAAAAAUACUUUAAUGAACUAAAAUAGCUCAUUUCUUAGAGUUAGUCUGUUGGCUGGUUUUGCUUUGAUCUUAAAACACUGGCAUCUUUAUAUUACAUUCAUGAUUGUUGAUACUAAACCGUCAUUUAUAUCGAUGUCAUUGUGGUUUUUUUAAGAGAGAGACAUUAAACUGUCACCGUGUAUACUGAUGUCGCUCUCAUUUUUUAAUCAUUAAAGUAGCUUAUAACAUUUUGGGUAACAGGAGUAGCAAACAAAACAACCACUUCAAACAAAGUUUUCUGGAAGACUACAAAUAACUGCACUGAGAAUCAACAUAGAGGUAACAGUUUCGCAAAUGUAUGUAAUUUCCUUGUAAGUAAAAAAAAAAAAAAAAAGAAUUUAAUUGUACACUUCAAUAGUCCAGGUUCUGAGGCAAGUUCCAGCUUUCAUGGAAUGCUAUUGUACCUGCAGCUUCCUGGAUAAUGUUUGACUGCAAUUGCCUUAAAAUUUCCCCUGAUGUCUGCCUCAUCUCUCCUCUACCAUUUAGAAGCUGUUGAGCAGCACUAAACGUGUAUAUGAUGUACUGGAUGGCAUGUGGUGACUGUUCCAUAAAGAGAUGGAAGCAUAACUAGUUUUCGUUUGUGUCCUACACUGUUCUGUGAGGUUUUAGAAAUGUUUCCUUUUGUCAGUGACCAAACCAGAUUGCUAACUUGAUUAUACUCAUGUAAGGAUACUGACAUCAAUGUAAUAAAGCAUUGAAAAACCA